UUUUCGUAAAUUAACUUUUCCGGAAUCCUCCAUUCUAUACGAAAAGGUGUUUAGAAUUUAGUAUCUACCACAAUGGCUGCGGCCGGAAAACUUUUCUGCAAAAUUUCUGGCAUUGCCAGAUCUGGGGUGAGAUCAUGUUACACCAACACUCGUAAACAGCUGAUGAUUGACAGGAACACCAAAGUUAUUUGUCAGGGAUUUACAGGAAAACAGGGAACCAUACACAGUCAACAAGCCAUUGAGUAUGGGACCAAAAUGGUCGGUGGUGUUUCUCCAGGGAAAGGGGGUCAAGUCCACUUAGGUCAGCCAGUCUUCAACUCUGUCCAGGACGCUAAGGAGAGGACAAACUGUGAUGCAUCAGUCAUAUAUGUUCCACCACCAUUUGCAGCAGCAGCAAUCAUUGAGGCUAUUGAUGCAGAAAUACCUCUGGUCGUUUGCAUUACGGAGGGAAUUCCCCAGCAGGAUAUGGUCAAGGUCAAACACAAGCUAGUACGCCAAAACAAGACCAGGCUCAUUGGGCCAAACUGUCCGGGCAUUAUCAAACCAGGAGAGUGUAAGAUUGGAAUUAUGCCAGGCCAUAUCCAUCAGAGAGGUCGUAUUGGAAUCGUGUCUCGAUCAGGCACCUUAACAUACGAGGCUGUCCACCAGACUACCCAGACCGGCCUGGGUCAGACCCUCUGUGUUGGUAUCGGAGGAGAUCCGUUCAAUGGAACCAACUUUAUUGAUUGUUUGGAGGUGUUCUUAGCUGAUCCUAAAACUGAGGGAAUUAUUCUAAUUGGUGAAAUUGGAGGAGGAGCUGAGGAGAAAGCAGCUGAAUACCUCAGAAAUAAUAACUAUGGUCCCAACGCUAAGCCGGUGGUGUCGUUUAUUGCUGGUUUGACGGCUCCACCAGGAAGGAGAAUGGGACAUGCGGGUGCCAUCAUCGCUGGGGGGAAAGGAGGAGCAGAUGAAAAGAUCGAGUCGCUGAAGUCUGCUGGUGUCCUUGUCACAUUGUCUCCUGCAGAAAUAGGAAAAACUAUGCUAGAGGUAAGAUCACCUACACUGCUGUUUUUGUUCCUUUUUGGGAAUUGCUGUCUUUUAAAUUUUACUAAUAUUUCCUUCUUUUGUGUAUGUACACAAGUGAGUUGAUAUGGAUUUUGAUAGACUUAGAGCAUUUUCAGGAAAUGUGUGUUUUGUGUGUAAUUGAAAUCCUUUUUCUGUUAGACACUCUUUCCAGAUGAAGGUAUACCUGCAUUAUUUUCAACCAUUUAAUACUUUCUAAUUGUAAUGAAAUAUAGCUUCCUGUUGAUUCAGAAGAUAUAAAUUACCAAACAUCAUUCCUCAGGCUUGUCAUGAAUUCUUUGAGUAUAUAUGUAUAUAUAAACAGUUGGACUUCAUAUUGUUAUACAGGCUAUUACAGCAAAAACCAUAUGAUGGGGAGGGAUGACAACCAAUUUUUUUUUUUUUUUUUGGUAUGGUUUGUUUUGAUUUAGUAUUAAAUUAAAAUUGCUUACACAAAAUUUGAUAUUAUAUGUGCCAGAAUUAUGACAAAUUAUCAUUAAAAACCAAAAUAUAUUUCUGGAAUUGGGACAAUCCACUCUCAUUUGAAAAAAAAGGAGAUUCAUAGUGUGUCAGUUCUCAUUAAGUUUGAAAAUUUUCCUCUAAAUAUACUGUGAAUGUAAACAAAGAAUAAUUAGGUUAAGAUGUCAGACAAUAGCCAGAUAAGCCAUCAGAAUAAAAAUAUCUCAGAAUUUUAGUAAAUUCUAUCAUAUUUUCCCAACAUUCACCAAAGCUCCAAUAGCCAAAAAACUCACAGCUUUAGAGAAAUGAUUUGUUGGCCUUGCCAUGUUAGGUUACCAGUCAGUUCAAGCCCAUUUGAUUAUUAAAUACAUAUAUAUUUAUCCAUAAGUCCAUACUAUAUAUUAAGGUUUUAUGGACCAUAGAUACAAUGCGAGUAAUUCCUCUAGCUGUUAAGGAUUGAAAAUAGUCGUAAUAUCAUGUGAGAGCUUAGUCUGGUGCACACCUCUGUCCUAAAUACAGUGAUGAAGGGCCAGGCUAAUGAAAGCCAUCAAAUUAAUUCAAUAUUUAAACUAAUUGAAGCAAAUUUUUUUAGCUGAACUGGAUUGAUUUCAUCUAAUAUAUUUAAUUAAAAAUAUUGCAAGGAUUUUAACCAAUUUUCUUAUUUUCUUUAAUGUUUGAAAAGAACUGGUUGUUAAACUCAUUCAAGUUUGGGGAAAUACGCUACUUUACACAUAAAACUAACUAUGAUGGUUUAUUACGAUGAAAAAAAUAUGUCUUGAUGGCUGAUACUACCUUGUAAGUAAAGUUCUACAACUCAUGACUUCAGAAAAACACCUUAUAUAAGUUUUUGACAGGCGUAUUAUGUACUGUUUCUAGUGCUCUUGUUAUUAUUGCUUAACACAAUUUAAUGGGUCAAAUCAGAAACGCAGUGACGUGUCCUGCUUCCCGAUAAACCCUUAUUUUUCACCAGACCUAGAUAGUGUUAUAUGGCAUUCUCUGACAGCAGUCUGUAUGCACCAACCAUAGAACCUGCUCUAUGAAAUACAUGUAGGAAAUGAUAUAGGUGGUUUGUGUUCUUAUUGACUUUUGUUUGUUUUUGUUUUUUUAUGUUUGUUGGUUUUAGUUUUUUUUUUUUCUUUUUCUUUUUUUUUUUUUUUUUUUUAGUAGGGUGAACAAAGAAAAUUGAAUUGUUAAGGUGGUAUUAUUUCAAAAGGAAAAACUCCAUGCCUUCCCUCCCUUGUAUGUUUUUUUGCUGAUAUGUGUGAGAUGGAAUAUCCCUAACUAUCGUUAUAUUUGAACCAGUAUUACAAUCUCUGAGUCUCUGAAAUGUUUUACUUCUCUGGACAGUAGGUGAUUUAAUGCAAAGGAAACCUUGAACUGUUGUGGAACAAUAAUGAAUGAUCCCUGCAAACAUAUAUACAGUAUAAUUUGUCCAAACCAGCCUCUGAGUACUCCGGUGCACUGUCAAUUCCGACCACAAAAUAUAGUCCCUAACAUUUCUUUAACAUAUCCUUUAUUAAUAAUUCCCUGCUACUCCGGAUACUGCGUAUUCUGUAUAUCGGCCGGCUUACACAGUCCCAACUGCUAUCAACUGAGUUUA